CGGGUGGGUCAUGAGCACAGCGCCCUCGCUUUCUGCCCUAAGAAGCAGUAAGCACAGCGGCGGCGGCGGCGGCGGCGGCAGUAGUGGCAGUGCGGACCCUGCCUGGACCAGCGCGCUCUCUGGAAAUUGCUCCGGCCACGGCCCAGGCUCGUCCCCGGCCGGCAGCACCAAGCCUUUUGUGCACGCCGUGCCCCCUUCUGACCCCCUGCGCCAGGCUAACCGCCUGCCCAUCAAGGUGCUGAAGAUGCUGACGGCACGGACUGGCCACAUUUUGCACCCAGAGUAUUUGCAGCCCCUGCCUUCCACGCCCGUCAGCCCCAUCGAGCUGGACGCCAAGAAGAGCCCACUGGCGCUGCUGGCGCAGACAUGCUCGCAGAUAGGGAAGCCCGACCCGUCACCCUCUUCCAAACUCUCUUCGGUCGCCUCCAACGGGGGCGGCGCGGGUGGUGCAGGCAGCGGAGCCGGGGGCGACAAGGACGCCAAGUCGGGCCCCCUGAAACUGAGCGACAUCGGCGUGGAAGACAAGUCGAGUUUCAAGCCUUACUCCAAGCCUGGUUCCGAUAAGAAGGAGCCGGGAGGCGGCGGUGGAGGCGGCGGGGGUGGCGGCGGCGGCGGGGGUGUUUCUGCGGAGAAGUCGGGAUUCCGGGUACCGAGCGCCACCUGCCAGCCAUUUACGCCCAGGACAGGCAGUCCCAGCUCCAGCGCCUCGGCCUGUUCGCCGGGAGGCAUGCUGCCCUCCGCCGGGGGCGGCCCGGAGGGCAAGGACGACAAGAAAGAUCCGGAAGCUGGCGGCGGUGGCAGCAGCAAGGGCGCCGGGGGCUCCUCGGCGGACGGGGUACCUGCGGGGCUGGCACACGGGCGCAUUAGCUGCGGCGGCGGAAUUAACGUGGAUGUGAACCAGCACUCGGACGGGGGUCCAGGGGGCAAGGCUCUAGGUUCGGACUGCGGCAGCUCUUCCGGCUCCAGCUCCGGUUCAGGCCCCAGCGCGCCCACCUCGUCGUCGGUGUUGGGCUCUGGGCUGGUGGCUCCCGUGUCACCCUACAAACCCGGCCAGACAGUGUUCCCUCUCCCCCCCGCGGGCAUGACCUACCCAGGCAGCCUGGCUGGGGCCUAUGCUGGCUACCCGCCCCAGUUCUUGCCACACGGCGUGGCUCUCGACCCCACCAAGCCUGGCAGCCUGGUAGGGGCUCAGCUGGCGGCGGCCGCGGCCGGCUCUCUUGGCUGCAGUAAGCCAGCCGGUUCGAGUCCCCUGGCCGGGGCGUCGCCGCCGUCCGUGAUGACAGCCAGUUUGUGCCGGGACCCAUACUGCCUCAGCUACCAUUGCGCCAGCCACCUGGCGGGAGCUGCCGCCGCCAGCGCCUCGUGCGCGCACGACCCGGCAGCUGCAGCAGCCGCGCUCAAGUCGGGAUACCCGCUGGUGUACCCCACACACCCACUGCACGGUGUGCACUCCUCGCUGACCGCUGCCGCCGCUGCGGGCGCCACACCACCCUCCCUGGCUGGCCACCCCCUCUACCCCUAUGGUUUCAUGCUCCCUAACGACCCGCUCCCCCACAUCUGCAACUGGGUGUCAGCUAACGGGCCGUGCGACAAGCGCUUCGCCACGUCCGAAGAGCUGCUGAGCCACUUGCGGACCCACACGGCCUUUCCUGGGACAGACAAACUGCUGUCGGGCUACCCCAGUUCUUCGUCUCUCGCCAGCGCCGCCGCCGCGGCCAUGGCUUGUCACAUGCACAUCCCCACGUCGGGCGCACCAGGCAGCCCUGGGACCCUGGCGCUGCGCAGCCCCCACCAUGCACUGGGACUCAGCAGCCGUUACCACCCGUAUUCCAAGAGCCCGCUCCCCACGCCCGGUGCCCCAGUGCCGGUGCCCGCAGCCACCGGACCCUACUACUCCCCCUACGCCCUCUACGGACAAAGACUGACCACUGCCUCGGCGCUGGGUUAUCAGUGAGGGCAGUUCGGAGGAAUUUGGAGGGAGAGCGAGGAGCUGGGGGGAGGGGAGGAGUCGAGGGAGGGGCAGGAGCCCGGCUACGGAAGGGAAAAGAAAGCCUAAAUCUUACCUAUCCGCCAACAACAGCCAGAGUGAGCCUGGAUGGGAACCCCUCGCCUCCACCCCUAGCUCCCCCACCCAAACUUUAUAAAAGUUGAAAAAAAUCAUUUGACUUUUUAUAGAAAAAGAAGGAAAAAUAAUUGAGAAAGUGUUCAUCUGAGGACUUCGCCAGUGAACAUUGGUAUUUAUUUAUGUUAGCUCCAAGCGGACCCGUGGUUCAAAAGUGCAUUAUUUAGUUUGAGCUCCGUAGGUUAAAAGGAGGAGGGGAAAAAAUUAAAACUCGAGGGUAAAUAUGUGGAAAACAAACCCUCCCAUCCCUUGUAGAGUAUAAAUAAAAAACAAAACCGCUACAGAUCUAGGGUCUUCUCUUUAAUGUUACUUUAAAAUUGCUAUGAUUGUAUUGUGCGUUCUUAUUUAAUGUCUGAUUGAAACUCAAAUUUACAUGCAUGUUUGUUACAAAAAGGAAAAAGACGAAACAAGUCACAAUUUGUCAACUCUGAUUUCCAAUUGCAAUUAUUUUUAAGGUGUAUACCAUCGAAAGAGAAUGGGUAUUUUUUUGUAUGUAUUCUGGAAGAAAACAAAAAAAAGGAAAAUAAUUCUAUUCCAAAACCUCAUUUGCCUUAUUUUGUUCUUCAAAGGAACACAACUAUUUUUAAUUUUUAAGUCCACCCGCUGAGAAGGGGACAAGGUUUACGUCAUGUGCUAAAAUAAUAGACAAUGUAUCGCUUUAAAGAUUAAAAUUCCGUAUAUUUGAUGUAUUAAAAGGUUUUACUUAUUA